CAUAGCAAGUGUUUUUUGAUUUGUUUCAGGUUUAAAAUGGAAUUUACAGACCUUAUAAAAACUGCAAAAGUUGACAACGUGGUUUUGUGGAGGCCCCACAGUCACAAGAAAGUCACAGGGACUCUUUGUUUGACCAGCCACCAUAUCUUAUUUUCUGACAGAACAUCUGACAAAGAUGAGUUAAUGCUUUUGUAUAUGGCUAUUGAAAGUUUACAGCGCAAAUUGUCUGGAGCAGCUGGAAUUUUGACUAUAUUUUGUAAAGAUUUUGAUACUCUAAAAAUGAAAAUACCAGGACAAGAAGAUGCAUUUAAUGUAGCCGCAUCAAUAGAGGCACUUUCCACUUUUGAGAGUGCAUCCUUGUAUUACCCUUUCUUUUUCAACAAUGUGACUUUUAAAAUCAAAAAUGAUGGUUGGCACUUGUUCAAUCUCCAGGAAGAGUGCAAUAAGAUUAUUAAUGGUUCAGAGGCAUGGAGAGUAUGUGCAGUCAACAUAAACAAUGAGGUUUGUGGGUCAUACCCAAAGUUUGUAGUAGUACCCUCUGCAGCUAACGAUGAGAUAGUAAAAAAAUCGGCGAAGUUUCGACAGAGCGGAAGGUUUCCUGUGGUUUCGUACAUUCACAAAAAUAAGGUUCCAUUACUUCGCAGCUCUCAACCACUUUAUGGCUCAAGCAACAAAAGAUGUAAGGAAGAUGAAAAGCUUCUGUCCUUUGUUCUUUCUGGAUUCUCUGGCAAAGGUCAAAUAGUAGAUACUCGAACAAGUAGUGUUGCCGCAUCUCAAAGAAGUAAAGGAGGUGGUUUCGAAACAAGUCAACAUUAUCCUCAGUGGAUAAGAACGUUUCAAAAUCUUGAACGUCCUUCGUUUCUUGGAGAAAGUAUAAGUCGGUUAUAUGAAGCAUGUAUGGACACCAAGUCUUCGUCGUGGUUGUUGAAGUUAGAUGCAAGUGGAUGGUUAACUUGCGUUGCUGAUUUGCUGAAGGUUGCUUUGAGUGUUGCUAAUUGUAUUUCUCACGAAACACCUGUGUUAGUUCAUGGAGACAGAGGAUCAGACAUUACUCUACAAAUAACCUCACUUACACAGCUUUUAUUGAAUCCAGAAUGCAGAACAGUCACUGGAUUUCAAUCCUUGAUUACAAGAGAGUGGCUUUGGGCAGGUUAUGCAUUUACGGAGAGACAUCUGAAGCUUGGUAUCUCACCAGCACGAAGAAAAGAACACGCUCCAGUCUUUCUUUUGUUUUUAGAUUGCGUGCAUCAAAUAUUACAGCAGUACCCGUCUUCAUUUGAGUUCACUGAAGAUUUACUGCUCCUUUUGGCACAACAUUCUUACUCGUCGGAAUAUGGGACGUUUCUUUUUAACUGCGAGUGGCAAAGAGAACAGUCGAAAGUAGCGGAGAAAACAGUGUCGCUGUGGUCGUUCAUCAACAGGGAGGAGUUCCUUUCUACCAUAAGAAAUCCAAUUUACGAAGAAAACCCGAAGGAGUUGCGACCCUCUGUUGCACCACAAAGUCUCACCUUGUGGUAUGGCAUGUUUGCGAAACAGACUCUCCCAACGGGACCGGACUCGCAGGAAGAAAUCCGUAAGGUCAUCGUAAAUGCUAAAAAAGAAAACAAUGAACUGAAAGAAAGGGCGAGCAACUUGCAAAGUGAAUACGAGAAACUUCGAGCUGCGUACCUCGAAACGUCCUGACCUACAUGCGUAAACUAUUACAUCAACUAUAUGGCGAGUUAAACCGCGUCCUUGCACCCUGUGCACUUUCAGAUCGCGAGAUUGAGUAAAGCGCUUAAAAAUGUGAUUUUGAUGGCAGGUUUUCGCAUGGAUUUCCGUGUGGUUAAUUUUGGCACUAUGUGUCGCUUUCGUGACGUGUGAAACAGCUGAAGUUUCGUGACGUACGAGGAACGAUUUAAAAGAAGUUGGUAACGCAUUGUUGAAUCAAUUAAGAUGGAACAAUAUCUGGUAUUUUGUGAUGAAAUUUGUGUUAUUUCUUGUGUUUUUUGUUUAUUGGAUACGUGACCGUAUGUUUUUAUUGUUUUAUUAUUUUGGUAUCAUUGGAAUAGAGAAGAAUAAAACCACUGCAAAGAGAGACAAAAUUUAUAAUAAAUAAAUAAAUAAGAGUGCUACUUCUUAAACAGUUUUGAUUUUGUUACAAACAUUUUCCAUAUUUCCAAUGCGAGCAAAAAAAAGACUGAAAAAAAAGACUGAUGAUGUGACGCGUUGGUAUUCGUGAUCGCGAAUGCUGUCCAAGAACAAAAGGGUUUUAUUUUAACAAAUUACGGGAGAAAUUAUCAAUAUUUUUUUACCAGCAUAAAAUUCCAUUUUUUUUACUUUAAUUUUUUAAAUCGUGGAAGACUUAUUAUAUGUCAGAAAUAUUUAGGUAGGUUUCGAAUUUAAGAAAUAUUAUUAAUGUAUAAAUUGGACAAAAUCUAGGUUGGAGAUAGGUUGGACUUUAAUCUGUAUUGCUAUAACUGAUUUUUUCUGUGUGCUAAAUUUUGUCUUAAUGGGGUUUUCGACACUAACCGUUCAGACAAAACGUUAACAUGGAUUGUGAAGUGUGACUGUGGACUAAUAAAUUUAAGACUAAGUCCACAAACUUGUUUUUUACAUCACUAUCUAUUCCCUUGAAUUUUGUUAUCUACAUGCAAGCGCAUAUUAAUCUCACUAAUAAUCGCUAAUAAUCGCUGUUCGUAAUGUUUAGUUUCUUUUUUUUUAGUAAUGUAACGAUAUUUGUACUACUUUCCGCGCGUACCAACUUUGCCGCAUUCGCGCAAAAUGUUUUUUAUUGAACGAAAUUUAUUACAGAAUUACAAGCAACACGUUUUGCGCGUAAAUUAACACACUGAAACAUAUCAUUCUACAAUUAACAUAAAAUAAAAGCACCUAUUUUCUCUAAAACCCAGAAAUUUUCCCGUCAUUUGUAGAAGCAUCUCGAAUUGGGCUCAUACGUCCAUUUUUCUUUUGGGUGAAAUUAUUUUCACGCAAAUUGGAUUUCUUUGCUCGGCGAAAAUUAAUACACGCGAAAAUUGUGCGAAAAAGGUAUUUCAAACAUAAGUUGAUAUAGAUCAGUAGAGGUAGACAUGUUUUAUAUACAAAUGUACAAAGUGUGUCCUUGCAUAACAUUCUGAAGCUCUCUUGCGUAACCUACUCUGCUUGUCCUGUACAAGAUGUAAAUCAUUUUUAGAUUUUUUUGUUGUAUAUUCUAGCCAUAUUUUGAUAAUAAAUGCACUUUUAACAAUAUAAAAAAAUGAUUUGUAUAUUUUUUAGAGAAAGUAAUACAAAAUAUUUAAUUUCAAA